UAAGUACAGUGAGAGUUACUUCCGGUUGUGAAAAGCCUGUGAAAGAAAAAGUACAACAAAAACAUAAACAAGAUCCUGAAGAAAAAAACUGAAAACUGAUAAAAGCAGACAAAACCAAAUGCCAAAGAAGUUUAAGGGAGAGAACAGCAAGGCGGCGGAGGCACGCUCCAGGAAGGCGGCAGCCCAGGCUGAGGUGGCGCAGAAGAAACAGCAGGCCAUUGAAGAUGAGUACUGGCGAGACGAUGACAAGCAUGUGGCCAAAAAACAGCAGCGAAAGGAAGACAAAGAGAAGAAGCGACAAGAGCAGCUAGAGAGGAAGAAGGAACUACAGAAACUUCACGAUGAGGAGAUGGCAGCCAUUAAGAAGGCUGGACCUGUACCUCAGGCAAAGGUCACAAGGGCUGAAAUAGAUAAACACAUAGAGAGGGAGCGCAAAGAGAAAGAAGAAGCUGCCAAGAAAGAACAGAAGGAGCUUGAGGAGCCCCCAAUUGAGGAGAACAUUAACAGACUACAGAUUGAGGGCGAGGAGGCCAGGAGUGUGACACAGGCGCUGUCUGUCCUUAGUAACCAGGCUGAAGAAGUAGACCAGCACCCAGAGAAAAGAAUGAAGGCUGCGUACAAGAAAUACGAGGAGACCAACCUCCCGAUCCUUAAACAGGAGAACCCCAACAUGAAACUCUCACAGCUCAAACAGAUGCUAUGGAAGGACUGGCAGAAAUCCCCGGAAAACCCCCUCAACCAGAGGUUAGCAGCCUCCUGAUGGGGUCUUAAAGACAAAUGGAAAAUGGCAGUUUGGAGUGCAGGAUCUGGUAACCCAAUGACAAUGCUGGUGGAUUUGGUGUAGUGCCAAGUAUUAAGACAUUGUUGCUAUUUGUAUGUUUGUUUCUGUUUAUUUCAUUUAUAUCCUUGCUUGAUUACAAAUCUUUGACAGUAAAGGAGAUUAAUUUUUCAAAUGGUGCUCUUAGCCCUCCUUUAAUUUACAGAGAAAGUUGUCCUCUCUUAUUUACUAGGAAUUGAAUAGUUCGAACAUGAGAAUUUUGAAGACAAACAUGAAGUCUGAGGUUGUAUGUUUAAGUGAUAUUCAAUUAAAAGUAUUAAUAACUGCAGAUUAAAAUCUAUAGGGUAUUUUAAUGUGAAAUUUAUAACAGUAGACUAGUAAGGAAUUGAUGUUUUGAAAAUUGUAUUGUUUAUAUGUGUAUGUAAACGUGCUGCAGUUUUGUUCUUUUUCCAUUCUCAAAAUGUACUGGCGUACAUCAAUGAUAAAAUGGUCCUUGUUAUGUACAUGUAUGUAAAAACUUGUGUGAUACAAAUUUUAAUUUAUUACUAAACAUACAAUAAAGUGGCAUCUGGA